AUGGUUGAAGCAGGCUCAUAUUUAAAAAUUAAACCAUCCUUGGAGGCCAAUAUGGAGGUGGAUAUAGGAAAUACAGAGACAUAUUUGGCAGAGAACGAGCCAACGUCACAAAACUACGUUCCCGAACCGGAACCGCAAAAUGGCACCACGAAUGCUAUAGCAAUAGGGUCGGAUACGGGUCACUCACAUUCAUUAUCAUCCUCCAAAUCCCUUUCCGAACACAUAAUCGAAGACAUACUCGAGAAUGAACGCCGCUACUGCAACGAAACCUACUUCAUGCCAAACGACGAAGCCGAACAAACCCGUUUAUCAAUCGAGCACCAAAUCUUCCUAAUAAUCUAUGACGGCCGACUCGCCAAAACCAAGCUACCCCCGACAGUCUCCCGUAUCCUAGACGUCGGCACCGGGACCGGUGACUGGGCACUCGGCAUGGGCGAAAUGUACCCAGACGCCGAGAUCCUCGCCAUCGACAUCUCCGUCUUCGACUCAGACCCCAUCUCCAUCGCGCCGCCCAAUGUCUUCUUCCAAAUCGACGACGCCGAGUGCGGCGAAUGGAACUACCACCACCCCUUCGAUUUCAUCCACAUCCGCGGCCUCUCGGGCGCCAUCGCAGACUGGCCAUCCCUGUAUAGCCAGGCCUUCAAGAACCUGGAACCAGAUGGCCACAUCGAAGUCGCCGAUGUAGAUUACACCUCCGGCCUGCUGAACGCGCGCAACGCGCCGGCCAACUCGUAUCUGAGCAUAUUUUUAUCCGCCAUCCGCUCAGCGGCUGAUGUGGCGGGGUACCCGCGCGACCUGUCACAUUUGCGUAUGACUGCGUUGGUGGCUGCGGGGUUUGAGCAGGUCCGGACAUAUGAUAUUCGGGUACCGAUUGGGACAUGGUGCAAUGAUGAUGCGAGGGGGAAUACGCUGGGGAAAAUGGUGUUGAUUGUGUUGUUGGAAGGGCUGGAGGCAGCGAGUAUGCGCUCAUUGACCAAAUAUGUUGGAUGGACGCCAGAGCAGGUGAGAGAUUUAUGUGAUAAGGUGAAGAUGGAGAUUGUUAUGGGAGCGGCGGAGGGGGCGGUGGGGGUUGUGAAGGUGGUUACGGGGAGAAAACCGGGUAUCGACUCGGCGCUUGACUAA